AUGGCGACUGUGCUCGGCCACGAUGACUUGGGGCUCGACUUGUCCUUCAGCCCCCUUGGCAACAACUUGGCCCUCUCCCCAUCCACGCCAAUAGACGCUGGCGCAGGAAACGACGAUGCAGUAAACACAAGAGUACCGGCUGCUGCAUCGGCCCCGGCAACAGCACCUGCGGCUACGCCGACAACGGCCGCAGCAGCACAGUUUCCCGCACCAAAGACGGACAAGCCGCGACCUCAUGUUUGCACAACAUGCCAGCGGUCCUUUGCCCGAUUGGAGCACUUAAAGCGCCACGAACGGUCCCACACCAAGGAGAAGCCGUUUGAGUGCGAUCAGUGCACAAGAUGCUUUGCACGGCGCGAUCUCCUGCUGCGGCACCAACAGAAGCUGCAUCAGGCGACAACUGCGCCCGCACGGCCGCGGAACCGGCGCGAGAGCACGACAGGUGUGGCUCCCAGCCGUGCACGGAAGAGCAGCAUGGCGAGCACAAGUGGCGCCGGCUCCGUGGCGGCUUCUCUCCUCGGCGGCGGAAAUGAUGGGAACGGUGGCGCCGCAAACAACCAGAUGCGGCCCCGCGCCAACACCAUCAGCCACUUGGAUGCUACCGCGAUGCAUUUUAUGGGCGCUGCGCCCGCCAAUGCUGCCCUGGCACGGGGCAUGCCGCCUGGUGUCCAUUCUCGUCACCCGAGUCUGGCGGGCUUGCCGAUGCACGGCAUGGAGCAGGUUCCGAUGCAGCCCUCUGCCUUUGCCAGCGGCAUGUCCUCUGCCAUGGGACACCGCGGGAUGGCCAAUGGCUUGCCGAGGCUCGACACGCACGGCCUUGACAACCUGGAACUCUCGGGCGGCAUGCGAACAGCCCCGUUGAACAACACAACCAUGUUCAACUCGGAGUUUGACUUUGGGACCUCCUCGUAUGGCCAUACGGCAUCUGGCACGACCAUUAACCCUAGUGCCCUGCAGUACAGCGACUCGCCGCAUUCGGCCCACCUCGACCCGACGGCCAUCUAUGACCGCAUGAGCGGCUACAACGACAUGCACCAGACCCGGGACAGCUUCAGCUGGCUGACCGGCUUGACCCACCCGAACGGCUUUUCCUCUACCAUUGACGAAAACGCCGUCGAUGGUUCCUCGCCGUCUGCCAUCAGCACUGGCAGCCAGAGUGGAAUAAGUGAUGUCAUGCUGGACGGUUCGAACCACGUCAACAUCAAUGGCGCCCAUGCUGUCACCAUGGCACCACCAGCCUCGUCCGCCUCUCACACAAUGCCCGCGACCACGCUCUCCAUGUGGCCCACGAAUGGUACCAUGGUCCACCAGCAACUGAACCAAAACAGCUACUCUCUGGACUUUGGGAAUACGUCGUUCUCGGAUCUCCUGGGUGGAUUGCCCCUGUCUCCCAACGGACUGAACAACGUCCAUACGCCCUUGGCGGCCACUACCACCGCGCCGCCUGGGAACACAGAUACCUACUUCUCUGCCACUCCUCCCUCGUCUCUGACCGCUGCCAGCCCCACGAUGAUGUCGGGCCUCAACCAUACUACCUUUACCCAGGCCAUGAGCCUCAACGGAGGCACGGCCCCGGAAACGCCCAAUUCUAUGAAUGGCAGUACUAGUGUCAGCAGCACCGGCCAAAACCACCACCGCCACUACCAGGCUUCGUUGAACACCAGCUCACCAGUGUCUACUAUUACAGAUGCAACAAGGCUGGCUAUCGUAAACGCUCUCAACUCAGCAGGAUCCCAGACCUCCCCCUUUGGAAUGCGCCAAUAUUCGUUUCACGGAUCCGCCACGGCCACAGGACUCGCAACAAGCCCCGAACAAUGUGUCCCCUCGACACUGGACCUCCAGAAAUACGUCGGCGCCUACCUUCGCUACUUCCAACCGCACUUUCCCUUCCUCCACGUACCGACCAUAUCCUUCGACGUCACUUCCAACACACCCUCCCCCUCCUCCCCCCAGAACCACCUUGGCGGCGGCUACGACGCCAAUACCGUCGGCGGCAGCGGCUGUCUGAUCCUCUCCAUGGCGGCUAUCGGUGCCCUGUACGAACUCGAACACGACCAGUCUCGCCUGCUCUUCACGAUGGCCAAGCGCAUGAUUCAGCUGUACCUCGAUGAGCGUCGCAAGGCCAACGUCCGCAAGGCCGAUUUCCGGCGGACACCGGGCGGCGACACCCAAAUGCAGCACAAUGACGGCUCGUCCGACACGCCGGUGUGGCUCGUGCAGGCCAUGCUACUGAACGUGAUUUACGGUCACAACGGCUCGGACAAGCGCGCCGGCGAGAUUGCCGCGACGCACUGCGCAGCGCUGGUCAGCCUCGCACAGGGCGCAGAGCUUCUGCAGCCAACACGCGUCGAGCCUCCUGUCGACGAGUUCGACAUGACGGUAGGUGACGGCAUUGAGCCCAGCAGCCUCUGGAACACAGACGAUGGCUCAGCCAAAGCAGCCAAGGACGAGGCACAGUGGCUUCGCUGGAAGGCGAUGGAGGAGCGCAAACGGACUCUGUACGCCAUUUUCGUGUUUUCGAGCCUCCUGGUGUCCUCCUACAACCAUACGCCCGCCUUGACAAACUCGGAAAUUAUGCUGGACCUGCCGUGUGACGAAGAAUAUUUUUCUGCCACGACCUGUGCCGAGUUCAUGUCCAAGGGCGGCAUUGCCGCAGCGAAUCACAACCGUAUGACCUUCCACGAAGCGCUGGGCGACCUCCUCCGUUCCAGCGAGAAGCAAAUGCGCCGCCGCGACAGCGCCAACGCAGACGGCAGCAAUGUGGACAGCGCUCCGGGCGAGCUCAAGCCCAGUACCUUUGGCUGCUUCAUUCUGAUCAAUGCCCUGCACAACUACAUCUGGGAAACGCGCCAGCGCCACCACAACAAGGUAUGGACAAACGAAGAGACCGAGAAGAUGCACCGCCACAUCGAGCCUGCCUUGGAGGCCUGGCACCGUGCUUGGAUGAACAACAACAACCGCCGCCACACCAGCAACAACGUGCACCUGGCGAACCCGACGUCGGUUUCUGGUAUGGACCCCAUCGCGGUGGACGCGGUCCCUCUGUUGGAUUUGGCGUACGUGCGUCUCUUUGUCAACCUGGCUCGGUCCAAGGAGAAGUUCUGGCAACGCAACUGGGACGGCCUUGCCGAGGAGCUGUGCCACGGCCGGGAAAUUGUCCAACAUGCCGAGCAGUCGCCCGCAUCCAAUGCCGAGUCUGCCUUGACCGACCCGUCCUCUGACCUCUCUGGACAUGGAUCGUCCAUUUUCAUCGAUUCGCCGGCCACACAACUGUCGGCGUCGCCUGACUUUGGGGCGGGCAAGUUCCCGGUCUCGGUUGCCCAGGCUGGCAGCCAGCAGCAACAGCAACAGCAUCAGUCCACCCGCACAACGUCGCGGCGCGAAAAGCAUCUCAGGAAAGCUGCCUUGUACGCCGUAGAAGCGCUUUCGACGACGAACAAGGUCUGCUAUACACUGGCGGACUUUGCAAACCGUGAACUGCCGCUGCAGUCGGCACUGUGUGUCUUUGACUGUGCGCAGGUUCUGGCGGAGUGGGUGGCGACUCUCCAGGACCGCGUCGGGCGGUAUCUCGGUGUGCUGGACCAGGACGUGGACCUCAACCAGGUGCCGGCGAUCAUGCUCCUCGAAGAGGAAGAUGGCAAGCUGCUCGGGAAGGUCAGGGAGGUGCUGAGUGCGGCCGAGAUGACCAUGAACAUGGACAUUGCCAACGGCACAGGCAACGCGGUCGCGGGCAUUUCGACGCGCAUGGCGUCGCGCAUGCAGAUGGGCGAGCAGAUUGGAUACGGUGCCAAGAUCCUGAGCAUUACUGCGUACACCCUGGGAAAGGCAUCUGUCUGGCCUGUCACCCACCUCAUGGCCGAGUGCCUCGAGAAUCACGCCAGCCACAUGCGCGCGCGCGCCGAAAAAUCAGUUCUGGCUUGCGACUAA